UAUGAAUAAAAUAAAUUAUCCUAUUGUUUGGCGUGAUGAAGAAAAAUAUGAUAACUAUCAUGGAAUAAAUAUUCCAAAUCCAUAUCAUUGGUUAGAAAACUCUGACUCUGAUGAAACCAAAUCAUUUGUUAAGUCACAAAAUACUUUAUCAGAGUCUUUUAUUAAAAAUGGGAGAGUUAGAAAUCUGUAUAAAGAGCGUUUGACAGAGCUUUGGAAUUAUCCAAAAUAUGGCUGCCCUUUCAAGAGGGGAGAAAGAUAUUUUUAUUUUCACAAUACUGGUCUUCAAAAUCAUAGAGUGCUAUACAUGCAGAAUUCGCUAGAUUCUGAGCCAGAGAUUUUCCUUGAUCCAAACACUUUUUGUGUAAAUGGAUCAAUAUCUAUUCAACAAGUUAGCUUUUCAAAAGAUGGAAACACAUGCGCCUAUGGUGUGAGUUCAAAAGGAUCUGAUUGGACUACAAUUAAAUUCAUUGAUGUUGCAACUAAAGGUCACAUGACAGACACAUUGGUUAAUGUGAAAUUUUCAUGUUUAUGUUGGACACAUGAUAACAAAGGAGUUUUUUACAACAAAUAUAAUAAAGAUGAGUCAUCAAAACAAGAUGGCACUGAAACUGAUGCAAAUCUUAAUCAAAAGUUAUUCUAUCAUGUUCUUGGUACAGAGCAAAGUGAGGAUAUACUUAUUGCAGAAUUUCCAGAAAAUCCAAAAUGGAUGUGCAAUGCAGAAAUCAGUGAUGAUGGUCAAUACAUAUUUUUGACAAUAUCAGAAAGCUGUGAUCCAGUCAAUAAACUUUAUUUUUUUGAUCUCAAAACAAUUAAUUAUGAGAUAAAAGGUCUUUUAGAGUUCCAGAAAAUUAUUGAUAAUUUUGAAGCAUCCUAUGAUUAUAUUACCAAUAAUGAAUCUCUGGUUACUCUUCGAACAAAUUUAAAUGCUCCUCGAUAUAAACUUAUUACCCUUGAUUUAAACAAUUUUAGUAUGGAUAAGUGGACAGUGCUAGUAGAGGAAGAUGAACAUGUUUUAGAGUGGGCUGCAUGUGUUAAUUUGAAUUUUUUAGUUAUUUGUUAUCUCCAGCAUGUUAAGCAUAGACUGUACUUACAUCAUUUGAAUACUGGUGAGCGUUUUUAUGAACUUCCUUUAGAUGUUGGGUCUAUAAUAGGAUUCUCUGGUAAAAAGCAUCAAACAGAGAUUUUCUAUUUGCUUACAUCUUUUCUCAUACCUGAAAGAAUUUAUUAUUGUGAUUUUUCUGGAAGUAAAUAUACACCAAAGGUUUUCAGAGAAGCAAAUUUAAAAGGAUUUGAUUCUUCCUUAUUUGAAACAAGACAGGUUUUUUACAGUAGCAAAGAUGGUACCAGUGUUCCAAUGUUUUUGAUUUAUAAAAAGGGCCUAGAAUUAAAUGGAAAUACUCCAUGUUAUCUGUAUGGCUAUGGUGGUUUUAAUAUAUCAGUUACACCAAGUUUCAAUGUUUCUAGGUUGGUUUUCAUACAAAAUAUGGGAGGAAUGUGUGCUGUAGCAAAUAUUCGUGGAGGAGGAGAGUACGGUGAAAAGUGGCAUAAAGAUGGCUGCUUAUCAAAGAAACAAAAUGUGUUUGAUGAUUUUAUUUCUGCUGCUGAAUAUCUCAUUGAAAAUAAAUAUACAAAACCAAAUAGACUAGCAAUCAGUGGUGGUUCAAAUGGUGGUCUCUUAGUAACAGUUUGUAUGAAUCAAAGACCAGACUUGUUUAAAUGCGUUGUUGCAAAUGUCAGUGUGACCGAUAUGCUAAAUUUUCACAAGUAUACAAUUGGUCAUGCAUGGACAAGUGAAUAUGGAUGUUCUGAUAAUAAAGAAGAUUUUGAGUUUUUAAUCAAGUAUUCUCCUUUGCACAAUGUAUGUAAACAGUCUAGUUACCAGUACCCUGCCUUGUUGCUUCUUACAGCAGAUCAUGAUGAUCGGGUUGUUCCCCUUCAUUCAUACAAGUUGAUUGCAGAGCUGCAACACAAAUUAACUGGCAACGAACACCAGGAAAAUCCUCUUCUUAUAAGAGUUGACACUGAAAGUGGACAUGGUGCUGGAAAACCAACCUCAAAAUCUAUAGAAGAACUAUCCGAUGUGUUUUUCUUCAUUGCAAGUAUGGUUGGUACAGAUUGGUCGGAAUAAAUAGUAUGAGUAAAGUUAAGAUCGAAUACUAAGUUGGAAAUUAUUAGGUUCUAAUACUUUUUAAAUGAUAAAUUAGAUUUAUAUAAAUAUCUUUUAAUAUACUAUUUCAAGAAAUAUUUAUGUAUUUUAAUAUACAGUGUAGUUUUAAUAUUUUAUAUUUAAUUGUAUAAUUAACGGCAAUUUAUAAUAUUUGUUAGAAUAAACUUUUUAUUUUAUUUGUAAUUAUUAAUAUACUAGUUUUAAUUAUUAUGCAUUAUUUUAAUUGCAUUAUUUCGAUAUUUGAAAUCAUUACCAUGUAUUUCAAAUAUCGAAAACGUAGUUUUUUUACAACUGGAUUUAUCGAACACAUUGAGUAACCGGUGUUUGAUAUUUUAAUAUAGUAUUUAUUUCUGUAUGCACUUUGGGGCAAAGCUAAAGUAGCUUUAGUUUUAUGUAAUAUCUUUAUGUGAGUUAAUAGCUUUUCAACAAGGAAA